AUGGGGAACCAGGACGCGAAGCCGAAAAGAAGCGCGGGCGAUGUCCCGCAUGGAGGCGGCGGCGGGAGAACUCUGCUGGAGAAGCUGUUCAGCCAGCAGGAGAACGGGCCUCCAGAAGAAGCAGAGAAGUUCUGCUCGCGGAUCAUCGCCAUGGGGCUCCUCCUCCCUUUCAGCGACUGCUUCCGGGAACCGUGCGGGCAGAACGCCCAGUCCAGCUCAGUUCCGUUUGAUCAAGAUCAACUUUACACCUGGGCUGCAGUUAGUCAACCCACACACUCACUGGAUUAUAUCGAAGGGCAGUUCCCCAGGAGAGUCCCAGCUGCUUGGCCACCAUCUAAACCUCCUGAUGAAGAACACAAGCCUAAGGAUGCUGACACAGACUCUCAAUCUGCUGUUUUAGAAACUCCGAAAAAAUGUUCAGAUGCUGCUCAGCAGGAAGUGUGCGACAUGAAGUCUGAGGGUCAGGCCACUGUCAUCCAACGGCUGGAGCAGACCAUUGAGGAUCUGAAGACCAAGAUAGCUGAGCUGGAGAAGCAAUACCCCACCCUAGACACGGGUCUGGAAGCCCUCAGGUUGGGCGAAAAGGAUGUUGGAUAUGAAAGGAUAGUACAGGCCAAGUCCAUCCAGACGUCCCCGAUGGAAGAGGGUGGUGUGCUGGCACUUCCUCCUGGGGGGUCCGCACCAGUGGGGCCCCCACCCUUGACCGCACAUGGAGAAUCAGCGGGGCUGCCCUUGCCGUCGGGACCUCAGACCAAGUUCUGCUCAGAAAUCUCUUUGGUCGUGUCUCCAAGGCGAAUAUCAGUUCAGCUUGAUGCACAGCCAUCCCUCCAGCCUCCACCGCCUGCAUCCCUCCCCUGGUCUGACAGUCAAGGACAGGCCAGGUCCCAGCCUUCCCAUCCUCCUCUUCACACUGGGUUAGAAACCAGCCACGAGCACUCUGCUUUCCCCUCCUCUGGAAACGGCUGUGACAUCCCCACUGCACCACCUCUGCCUCCAGAGACCUCAUCUCCGAUGCCUGGCCUGGGCACGGAGGCUUCCCCAGCACCCCUGACCCCCGGUGCACCUGGGCCUGCACUGCCCAGCCCAGCAGGCCUCUCACCUCCUCCUUCUCUAGGUCCAGAGAUGCUGCCACCCCCUCCUCCACCUUUGCCUGGAGUGGGAAUUCCUCCCGCCCCCCCUCUUCCCGGGAUGGGAAUUCCUCCCGCGCCCCCUCUUCCUGGAGUGGGAAUUCCUCCCGCCCCUCCUCUUCCCACCAUGGGAAUACCACCUCCCCCACAUCUUCCUGGGGUAGGAAUUCCUCCUGCCCCUCCUCUUCCCACCGUGGGAAUUCCUCCUGCCCCCCCUCUUCCCGGAGUGGGGAUCCCUCCUGCCCCCCCUCUUCCCAGUGUGGGAAUUCCUCCCGCCCCCCCUCUUCCCAGUGUGGGAAUUCCUCCCGCCCCUCCUCUUCCUGGGGUGGGGAUCCCUCCUCCCCCCCCUCUUCCCGGAGUGGGGAUCCCUCCCGCCCCCCCUCUUCCCGGGGUGGGAAUUCCUCCCGCCCCUCCUCUUCCCGGGGUGGGGAUCCCUCCUCCCCCUCCUCUUCCCGGAGUGGGGAUCCCUCCCGCCCCCCCUCUUCCCGGGGUGGGGAUCCCUCCUCCCCCUCCUCUUCCCGGGGUGGGGAUCCCUCCUCCCCCUCUUCCCCCUCCUCUCCCCGGGGUGGGAAUUCCUCCCGCCCCCCCUCUUCCCGGGGUGGGGAUCCCUCCCGCCCCGCCUCUUCCCGGGGUGGGGAUCCCUCCUCCCCCUCCUCUUCCCGGGGUGGGGAUCCCUCCUGCCCCCCCUCUUCCCGGGGUGGGGAUCCCUCCUCCCCCUCCUCUUCCAGGGGUGGGGAUUCCUCCUCCCCCUCCUCUUCCAGGGGUGGGAAUACCCCCCACCGCCCCUCCUCCCCCACCUCUUCCCAGUGAAGGAAUACCUCCUGCCCCACCUCCUCCUCCUCCUCCAGGUGUGGGGAUUCCACCUCCUCUAACCCCUCCGCCCCCACCCCCUCCUGGAUCAGGCCUUCCUCUCCCACGACAAGUUGGGAGUAGCACUUUACCGACACCUCAGGUGUGUGGCUUUCUUCCUCCUCCGUUGCCUCUUGGCUUGUUUGGAUUUGGGAUGAACCAGGAAAAAGGGAGUAGGAAGCAGCCAGUAGAGCCUUGUCGGCCGAUGAAGCCUCUAUAUUGGACAAGAAUUCAGCUGCACAGUAGAAGAGACUCCAGUGCUUCACUUAUUUGGGAAAAAAUUGAAGAGCCAUCCAUAGAUUGUCAUGAAUUUGAGGAAUUGUUUUCUAAGUCUACUGUCAAGGAAAGGAAGAAACCCAUUUCUGAUACCAUCACAAAGACCAAGGCUAAGCAAGUUGUCAAGUUACUAAGCAACAAAAGGUCUCAAGCAGUUGGAAUAUUGAUGUCUAGCCUUCAUUUAGAUAUGAAAGAUAUACAACAUGCUGUGGUGAACUUGGACAAUUCUGUGGUUGACCUGGAGACCCUUCAAGCUCUCUAUGAGAAUAGAGCACAGUCAGAUGAACUGGAAAAAAUUGAAAAGCAUGGCCGGUCCUCCAAAGACAAGGAGAACGCCAAGUCUCUAGACAAACCUGAGCAGUUCCUUUAUGAACUGUCACUAAUCCCCAACUUUUCAGAGCGAGUCUUUUGCAUCCUGUUUCAGUCCACAUUUUCAGAAAGCAUUUGCUCAAUUCGACGCAAACUGGAGCUGCUACAGAAGUUGUGUGAGACAUUAAAACAUGGCUCAGGGGUUAUGCAGGUUUUGGGUUUGGUUCUUGCCUUUGGCAACUACAUGAAUGGUGGAAAUAAUACUCGGGGACAGGCAGACGGUUUUGGAUUAGAUAUUCUCCCGAAGCUGAAAGAUGUUAAAAGCAGUGACAAUAGCAGAAGCCUGUUGUCAUAUAUCGUGUCAUAUUAUCUUCGCAAUUUUGAUGAGGACGCUGGGAAAGAACAAUGUGUGUUUCCACUGCCUGAACCCCAGGACCUCUUUCAGGCCUCGCAGAUGAAGUUUGAAGAUUUUCAAAAAGACCUCAGAAAACUCAAGAAAGACCUGAGAGCCUGUGAAGUUGAAGCAGGGAAAGUUUACCAAGUGUCCUCAAAAGAGCACAUCCAGCCUUUCAAAGAAAACAUGGAACAAUUUAUUAUUCAAGCUAAAAUUGACCAAGAAGCAGAGGAGAACUCACUGACAGAGACUCAUAAGUGCUUUUUGGAGACUACAGCCUAUUUCUUCAUGAGACCAAAAAUUGGAGAGAAGGAAGUGUCCCCAAAUGUUUUCUUCAGUAUCUGGCAUGAAUUCAGCUCUGACUUUAAAGACUUUUGGAAGAAAGAGAACAAACUUAUUCUACAAGAAAGAGUAAAAGAAGCUGAAGAGGUGUGUAGGCAGAAGAAGGGAAAGUCACUCUAUAAAAUAAAACCAAGACAUGACUCUGGAAUUAAAGCAAAAAUAAGCAUGAAAACCUGACCAAUGAAAAGCAGAACAAAAAUGAGUCACUGAAGCCACUUCCACAGAAUUCAGCCGGCCUGAGGGCAGGAAGGAAACUCAUCAUUUUGAUCAUGUUUCUUCUUGGCCUCUUGCAUAAUCUUUAUGUUUUCCAGACAGUUUACUGAUUGUUGAAUUCUACACUGUAUUCAUAUAAAAAUGCAAAAGCAGUAGGCCAGUGGAGAAUGUGACACCUUUUCUUUUUGAAAAAGUUUAUGGUAUUUUACCAAUAGACCAAAACAGCAUGUGUAAGAGGCAGUAUCUGCAUUAAUUCUGAACAUGCUAAACAGUAACCUCCAACUUACUGUUGUGAGAAUAUUCCCUGUCACAGCGAAACACUCUCCUGACGACCAGUACUCCACCUCACUGCAUUUAGAUUUAUGGUUAACAUGUUAUUUCUAGUGACUUGUUUGUAUCAGUUUCACAUCUACAUAAAAAAUUUUCUAUUUUAAAAUUGAGGUACCAUUUAUAUAUGUCAUAGAUAAGGCUUUCCCAGCUCUAGGGUUGGUCUCUGUAACUAUAUAUUUGUGAAAGAAGAUUAUCAUUUUUUUUUAUUCAUCAGACAAUGAAUAGAAAAAAAUAUAGCAAAAGGAAAACCCUUUCUAUACAUCAUUUAAUAUAGGCAGGAAUCAUAAUUUUAAGUUAAAUGAGGGCCUUUAUCAACCAUGUCCUUUAGGACCUCCAUAAAGCCAGUCUGCAGCAAAGGUCAAUUAAACCAAAGUUGUGCCUCUCUAACUUUUACCAUUGCCCUUCUCAAAGAAAAUGACACAGUGCUUUUAAAUGAUCCUCAUAAAAUUUCCAAACCUGACAGCUGUUGGCAAAAAAAAAAAAAAAAAAAAAGAGUAACUUUUAGAUGGAUUGAUAUCUACCUAGGACUUGUUCAUUAAACCCACCUGCCUGAGUAUUGUGACUUGAUUGGGGUUUUCUCUAUGUGUUAGGGCAGUUAAUCAAAAGCUAUGAAAUGAGUAUGCAAGAGUUUAUGAUCUAAAGGAGCCUAGGAAAAGAUUUUAUUUUAGUUUGAGAGGGAAAAAGUAUAUCUCCACUCUUUCUCAGAGUAUUUUAAAGUCACUCCUGAAGCAUUGUGAUGGCUUUGUCUAACAUUAAUAAUUUUUAAAAAUGAUAUGUGUUGGGGUAUGAAUAAAGGGGAGACUGUUGCUAUUGCAAACCAAUUAUGGAAGCAACUUAAAAAGAAAAUCUGAAUUGUAACUAUGUUUCUAUUUAUGUAAAAUACUGUCCUGACCUUUCAGUCUGUAGUUGAUGUGCACAGACACAGUAGUAGCUCUCGGGUUGCUGUUCUGCCAUCUUCCUGUCUCCUUCAGUCCCUCCAUGUGUAUAUGAACUUCAAUGAUAUAAUGGGGCAUUUAACAGAGAUUGCUAUGUGCAAUACUGUAUUUAGUGUUUCUAUUUUAAUUUUUCUAGGAUGUUAAUUUAUAUGAAAAUAAAAUGCAUAAUAAAAUAGUUCUGUGCCUAUUGUGUAUAUAUAACCUAAAAGCACAUGCUAAAUAUUUAUCCCAGAGGGGAAUUAAGUUAGAGCAUCUGUGUCCAAAGAUUUUUGAAAGUUCUUAUUUCAGGCUGAACAGUUAUUAGUGAAUAGUGAAAGUCGCUCAGUUGUGUCUGACUCUGCGAACGCAUGGACUAUACAGUCCAUGGAAUUCUCCAGGCCAGAAUACUAGAGUGGGUAGCCGUUCCCUUCUCAAGGGGAUCUGUCCAACCCAGGGAUCGAACCCAGGUCUCCUGCAUUGCAGGUGGAUUCUUUACCAGCUGAGCCACCAGGGAAGCCUGAACAGUUACUAGCAGUUAAGUAUUUAACAAAGGCUGGUUUGUAAAGAUAAAAUAAUAAAUCUGCUAUAUCAAAACAUAUUUUCUUAAGUUCAAAUUUCUUAAUGAAGCUUUAGAGAAGUAUUUCCCCCUUUUGGAAAUACCAGUAUGUUAUACCUAAGAAGUCUUUUUUCUAUAAGUUACAAAUUAGUUGCAAAAAUGCAUAUGAUGUAGAUUAAAUGGUGAUAAAAAUUGAAUUGAUCUCAGUGAGGCAGCAGUGAGUGGUGGCAUGAAGUGAGGUCUAAUUCCCUGCCCAGGAACUGAACCUGGGUAGCCUGAACGAAAACCAGGAAUCCUAGCCACCAGGCCAGCAAGGGCUAGGGGUUAGAAGCGAAUUUUCCCUGGAUCUUUGCCCCCAGUGAAAAAUGCAUUUAUCAUGGAGGCAGAAACUGUAACUGCAGGUACAAGGUUUAUUAUUAGAGACGCGGC